AUGGGAGACAUACUGUUUGAGAGCUUUGAGGCUCGGCACCUGAUCGAUGGCCUCCAGGGGCAUGAUGCGGUCGAAUCAAUGCUCGUGACUCUAGAAGCAUGGGUUUUACAGGCAGUGGAGCAGCUUAAAGCCAACAACGGGUCCCUGAAAGUAGGGAGGUCAAAUAACCUUUCCGAGAAUGACCUCGACGUGAACGUUUAUUUGGAUGGAGCAGCCCAAACCAAAUUGGCACAAUGGCGAGGAGUCCUUCGCCAGGUGGUUAAAAAAUAUCACGAGACUGCAUUUGGUUGUACAGUGUCUUUAUUGUUGCAGGGCAGCCCCGAGACCGGACGCCCGGACACGCUGUUGGUUCUGACGUUUCUGGGCAAAGGUCAGACCCAGGAAACAGAAGAAGCUCCCAAGAGCUUGUGCCAGGAGAAGACAUUACGUCAAGAGACAGAAUGUGCCCCCUUCCUGAAGAUGCACUGCCAGACUCACCCAGAAGGGCUGGAAUUGCAUAUCAUCUCCCCUCUUCCAGAAGGAAUGCAGGGUUUUAUAGAGAGCCUAGACGUACGAGUCCGGCAAUCCGCUGGCGACCUCACUCUCACAAACCGGUCGACGAGCUCAACUUCUGAUCCAUCAUACAAUGAGCUGAGGACAGUAUGGAAUUGGAAUGCCUCGGUCCCUGCGAUGGUACCGAGAUGCGUACACGAUAUCAUCGCCGAGCAAGCCCGACGACGCCCACUGGCACCAGCAGUGUCUGCCUGGGAUGGUGACCUAGACUACCAGCAACUGGACCAGAGUUCGACUCGAUUGGCCCAUCACCUCGUACAUCUGGGUGCUGGGCCAGAUGAUAUCAUCCCUCUCUGCUUCGAGAAGUCCAAGUGGAUGAUGGUAGCUAUCCUGGCAGUAAUGAAAUCAGGUGCAGUAAUCGCUGCACUGGAUCCAACUCAACCAGAAUCCCGCCUGCAAACAAUUGUGAAACAACUGCAAUCACGUUGGAUGAUUGCAUCGCCGGCUCAGAUCGAAGUGGCCGCUCGUCUGGGAACAAAAGAUGUCAUCCCACUAGACGAGAUCCAGCUACAGCACCUACCGGAGUCGGGAAGCAAAGAGCUUCCCAGUGCUAUUGCCUACCAGCAUGAGGCAUUGGGGAUCAAAGAAACGUCCCGAGUCUUUGACUUUGCGUCAUAUGCCUUCGAUCUGGCCUGGGGAAAUAUCAUCCACACAUUCGCUUCCGGGGGAUGUCUCUGCAUCCCCUCUGAGAGUGACCGUCGAGGAAACAUCACCGAGUCAAUUCGCAGGCUCGGAGUAAAUCAUCUCCAGCUCACUCCUACCGUUGCUCGCCUCAUUGAUCCCCGAGAUAUACCAGAAUUAAGAUUGAUACUCUUGAUCGGAGAGGCAAUGACCCAGGCUGAUGUUGCUCAAUGGACACCAUACUGUGAGCUCAUCAACUCAUACGGCCCAGCCGAAUGCACGGUAGCGGUUACAUACCUGAGGGUCCCUCGGUACACACCUUGGGAUUCGAGUAUGGGCAAAGGUGUUGGUUGCAAUACCUGGAUUGUCGACGAGGCCCACGGGGAUCGACUGGCUCCCUUUGGACACACAGGCGAGCUGUGGUUGGAGGGACCUCUGGUCGGACAAGGGUACCUGGGGGAUCCAAAGAAGACCGCGGCAAGCUUUGUUGAAGACCCCGCAUGGCUGACGCAGGGUGUUCCCGGUGUUCCAGGACGUCGAGGCCGGCUAUACAAAACUGGAGAUCUGGCGCGAUACAACCCAGAUGGCUCGUUGGUCUAUUCUGCUCGCAGGGAUACGCAAAUCAAGAUCCGUGGACAACGCGUCGAGCUAGGAGAUGUGGAAUAUCAUCUUAAACUUGCACUGCCCGACGAUGUUCCAUCUGUAGCAGCCGAGGCGAUUACCCCGCGGGGUAGCGACACAGCGAUUCUGAUAGCUUUCAUACCCUUGAGGGAAGCAGCUGGUGAUGAUGUCAAUAGAACCAGACAAGGUCUUGCUAAAUGUUUACAUGGGGUCGACGAAUACCUGGCCGAGCAAAUGCCCGCCUACAUGGUGCCCAGCAUGUACCUCGCGGUCCCUGAGAUUCCCAUGACGACCACGGGAAAGACAGACCGAUUGCGACUACGAGAGAUCGGAUCUUCUCUCACAAUAGGCGAGUUGACAAACUUGCAGCCCUCACAUGCAGCGGUUCACGAGGCCCCCCAGACCGCGAUGGAGCAUCGUCUCCAACAGCUUUGGGCGGAGGUUUUGAACGUGGAUGCUUCUGAGAUCGGUCGAGACGAAAGCUUUUUCCUUUUGGGGGGCGACUCUAUCUUGGCUAUGAAGGUAGCGGCCAAAUCGCUAGCAAGAGGAGUUCCUGUGACGGUGCAAGAUAUAUUCCUACACAAGACCAUCCGGCGUCUCGCGCCGCGGGAAAAUCGACCACGUGAUCUGACCAAUGAGAGCCAAGGCUCCGGGGUGUCGAACAACAAACAUUUCGCCCUUUCUUCCGUCCAACAGGCUCUCAUCAAUUUCCACCAAGAUAAAGAUGGCCACUCAAAUCGAAGUUCUUUCGUCCGUAUUGUGCGGCACCAGCAACCCGAUGGUGUGCGACGCGCAAUCCGGCUACUUGUCGCGCGACACUCAGUGCUCCGUGCUCGCUUUGACCGUGGCAGCGAUGGGACAUGGAUGCAGCAAAUCAUCUCAUGUACUGAUGGAACUUAUCGCUUCGUCCAUCAUGUCUUGCAAUGCUUAGAUGACGCCAUUCCGGCCCUUAAUGAUACUCAACAGUCCUUGAACAUUCAUACUGGUCCUCUAUUUGCGGUCCAUCUGAUUGACACCCCAAGACAUCAGUACCUGUUUCUUACAGCGCAUUACCUGGUGGUCGACAUUCUGUCCUGGCAAAUCUUGCUCGAAGAGCUGGAGGAAUGCCUUGUCACUGGAACCAUUUCUAGCUCUUUGCCACUCCCCUUCCAAACCUGGUGCGAACUCCAAGAGGAAUACGCAUCGGAAAACAAAUCAUUCGAUGAUGAUGAUGAUGCGUCAUCGGAUAUGGGAGUUCUCGUUGGUGAGUACUGGGGGAUCCCGUCAGGGCUUAACACACAAGGUGAUGUGAAGGAGGCUGGAUUUACCCUGAGCCAGCAGACAACCAGCAGUUUACUUGGACCAGCGAACAGUGCAUUACGGAGUGAACCCAUCGACCUAUUGUUAGCUGGACUGCUGCAAUCUUUUAUGAGUACCUUCGCCGACCGACAACCCCCAAUCAUCUUCAGCGAGAGCCACGGGAGAAAAUCAUGGAGUCAAGACGUCGACCCAUCCAGGACGGUGGGUUGCUUUGCCAACAUGAGACCAAUUGCAGCAGCACCAAAAUCCGGUCAAACGGACAUUUUAGAACUAGUUCGCUACAUCAAAGAUCAUCGGAGACAGAUCCCUGGCCAUGAGUGGUCUUACUUCGCAUCGCGGGGUUUGGACCGCGCUACAAAACAGAUGCUUGGCAGUCAGGCUUGCCACGAGAUCACUUUCAACUAUUCGGACCUCAAUAAAAGCUUCAAUGAAGAUGGAGCCCUCUUCCAACGUUGCUCCGACCUUCUGGAUCCAGUGUCACACAUUGCAGAACACAUGGACCGGCUUUCCUUGUUCGAUGUUUCCACAGAGCUCACUGAAGGACGCAUGCAGUUUCACUUCAAAUACAGCACGCGGAUUCAGAAACAGGGCGCCAUUGAUGAGUGGAUUGUAGCAUUCGAACACUCCUUAGAAAAAACAGCAAUUCAGCUCAUCAACACGCCACCCAGCUACACGUUGUCUGACUUUUCGUUGCUACCCCAGACACUAGAGAUGGAAAAGGAACUGGAGAGGCUUCUACACGUUGGAUUAUCCUACGGGCAAGUUGAGGAUAUAUACCAGUGCUCCCCUUUGCAACAAGGUAUUCUGUUGAGUCAGGCAAAAAGUCCGAAUUUGUACUGGACCCGAGUGCAGUGGACAGCUCGAUCCAGCAGUGGAGCCUCAAGCCCAGUGGAUGCGGCCAGAUUCGAGCUUGCCUGGCGGCAGGUCGUGAAACGUCAUAGUGUGCUCAGAACCAGAUUCACUGAAAGCUUUUCUUCGGAUGGUUUGAGUUACCAAGUGGUUCUGAAAGAUAUCUUGCCCGAUGUUCAGACUAUUCACGCCAUGGACCCGGUAGACGCCGUUGUGAAACACAGAUUGGCCAGCGUGUCGCGAACGCGACCAGUGCAUUCGCUUGUUCUUUGCCCAACAUCGCAAGGUGGCCUUUUUUGUGAUCUGGAGAUCAGUCAUAGCGUUAUCGAUGCUCUAUCAAUCCAACUUCUGAAUCGCGACCUGUGUGCCGCAUACGAUGGGCUACUCCCUCAAGAACCAGGACCUCUCUACAGUGAUUAUAUUCGGCACCUCCAGACCUUGCCCGGUGAAGACGCGAAGAGGUUUUGGCAGAGCCAGCUAGCCGACGCUCAAUCGUGCAUUUUCCCGACCCUGAACGUUCCGAUUGCCCAAAACACGGACUCAGGUGCAAUUCACUCCCUCCCUAUCAGGGUUGAGACGUACCAGACCUUGCGCCAGUUCUGCAGAGUCAACGACUUGACCCCAGCAAACAUAGUCAGUCUGGCAUGGGCUUUGGUCUUACGAACCUACACUGGUAGCGAAUCCCUAUGCUACGGGUAUGUGGUAUCCGGCCGGGACGUGCCUGUGCGCCACGUCGACCAGGCGGUUGGAACGUUUAUCAACAUGGUAGUGACUCAUGUGAAUCUUGAUAACAAUCGAGCACUUCUCACUGUGAUACAAGAAAUACAGGAAGCGUACUUGCGUGGACUGAAGUACAAUUACUAUCCUCUGGCAAACGUCUUGCACGCCCAAAGCACCGAAGGGCAGCCAUUGUUCAACACUGCGCUCUCUGUGGAGACUACCAGGGCCGAUCUCGCGAGCUCAAAUAUGGCCACUAUUACACUUGAGGAUGAGAAAGUGUAUGAUCCGCAUGAAUAUGACAUUGUGGCGUCGGUGCUAUUGCUAGAGGAUAGUCCCAAAAUCUUGAUCAACUACUCCGAGCAUUUGCUAUCGAAGCAACAAGUCGGCGCAGUAGCUGACACAUUCUUGCAAGCUCUGGAAAACAUCAUGCAUCAUUCAGACAGCAGCGUGGGAGAUCUAGAGAUGAUGACCAGUCACCAAGAUCUAGCCACAAUUUGGGGGUGGAAUGCGGAAGUACCAGAGACGCUAUCCGGCUCCUUGCUUGACAUGAUCAACCUGUGUGUUCAGCAAGAGCCUGAUGCACCAGCUGUAUGUGCCUGGGAUGGGGAAUUGUCUUACCGAGAGCUGGACGAUACAUCCUCUCGACUGGCUCAUCAUCUUCUGGCGCGCGGUAUCAAGCCCCGUUCGAUUCUGCCGCUAUGCUUCGAGAAGUCUCAGUGGGUGCCUGUGGCCAUUCUGGGUGCGCUCAAAGCAGGCUGUGCCAUAACAUUGAUGGAUGCAGAGCAACCAGAAGAGCGAUUGCAGCUCGUGGUAAAGAAGUCUACAGGGCCAAUUCUGACAUCUCCAGGCUGUCGAGACUUGGCCCGCCGAUUACAACCCGAUUACAUCGUUCUUACUGAACAAUCCUUGAAGGGUAUGCCUCAUUCUGACGCUCUCUCUUUGCCGAAGAUUUCGUCCACCGACAUGCUCUAUCUCGUGUUUUCCUCGGGCACCUCUGGAACCCCAAAAGGCUCCAUCAUGACCCAUGGGAACGCGUGCUCCGCCAUUCACCACCAAAAAGCAAAACUCGGGCUGCCGGAAUCUCCACGAAUGCUAGAUUGUUUGUCAUAUGCUUUCGAUGUCCCCUGGUUCAACUUCUUCUAUGCGUUGACCUCGGGUGGCUCUUUGUGCAUCCCGUCUGAGAAACAGCGGAAGGACAAUCUUCCAGGCUGCAUUAGAUCAAUGAAUGCCAACUACGUCCUUUUGACUCCAUCAGUGGCUCGGACAAUUGACCCUGCAACGGUGCCCAGCCUGGAGACGCUCACUUUGGGUGGAGAGGCUAUAACUGCAGAUGACAUUACGCGAUGGCCCAAUCUCAAAUUGCUGGGCGCGUAUGGUCCCUCUGAAUGCACAAUUGUUGCAACGAUUUACCACUUCCAGGGCCAAUCAGACAAAGCCAGAAUUUUAGGUCACACCUUGGGGUUAAAUGCUUGGGUGGUUGACCCACUGCAUGGAAAAAGUCUCGCACCGCUGGGCGCGGAGGGUGAGCUGUGGCUCGAGGGGCCACUCGUCGGACAAGGGUAUCUCGACGAGGCAGAAAAGACUGCGGCAACCUAUGUCGAGGACCCCGCCUGGCUCUUGCGUGGGGCACCGAGCUGCCCUGGGCGUCGGGGCCGGGUCUAUAAGACAGGAGAUCUCGUACGAUUCCUGGCGGAUGGAUCUCUUCUCUAUGCCGGGCGCAAGGACAGCCAGGUGAAGAUCCGGGGUCAGCGUGUUGAGCUCGUGGAAAUAGAGCACCACCUCCGCCAAGCGCUCCCACCCGGGGUGGAUGUGCCGGUGCCUGUGGAAUUAAUCUGCCCCCGGGGUAGUGUGAAUCCUGUGCUAGUGGCCUUCGUUCCCAUAGGUCAUGAGGCUAUCAAGUCACUCAAGUCCUGCAGUAAGGCACUGGGCCAGUAUACACAUGGAGUCGAAGACCGUUUGAAUAAGACCUUGCCAAGCUAUAUGAUCCCUCGCAUGUAUUUCCCCGUGGCAGAGAUCCCGUUCACGACAAACGGGAAAAGAGACCAGCGCAAGCUCAAACAGACAGUGUGUUCACAUAAUUUAGAGCAGCUGGCAGCCCUGCAACCUUCACAGCACAUGCGCCGCGAGCCCUCAACAGAACUGGAAUGGCGUCUUCAAGGAAUGUGGGCCGCUAUUUUGGAUAUAGAGGCGAAAUCCAUUGCCGCAACUGACAACUUCUUACGCAUUGGAGGUGAUUCAAUUGGGGCAAUCCGGCUCGUCCGACUAGCUGCGGAGCAGGGCGCCAUCCUUACGGUGGCGGCAAUCUUCAAAUUCCCCAUUCUAUGCGACAUGGCUCGUCAGGCGAAGCGGGUCUCAGAUUUACUUCCGGAUGAUAUUGCUCCCUUUUCACUGUUGAAAAGAGAGAUGAGCCCGUCUCAAAUCCGGUUGCAAGUUGCCGAAUCUUGCCAUCUAGAUCCAUCUUCCGUGAAAGAUGUCCUUCCAUGCACACCGCUACAGGAAGGCCUGCUUUCUUUGACAGCCAAACGACAAGGUGCUUAUGUCAACCCUCAGGUCAUGCGACUGCACGAUUGGGUCGAUAUCCCACGCUUCACAGAUGCCUUGAACAAGGUCAUCAUGGAAACAUCGAUCCUACGAACUCGUAUCGUCGACCUCGAUGGGCAGGGUUUGGUACAAGUCGUCACAACGCAAGCACCCGAGUGGCACUAUGGCCGCAGUCUAGACUCACUUAUUGAAGAGCACCUCAGCUACCCCAUCACACUAGGGACGGCCUUGGCCAGGUGUGGCUUGGUUGAGGGCUGUGGCGACCGCGAUGACCGGGAAAUUUUCUUUUUGCUGACAAUCCAUCAUGCGCUAUAUGAUGGCUGGUCAUUGUCUCUACUUCUAACAGAGGUUAGCAAGGCUUACCACGGAAUCCUGAGUGAUGGUCUUGUUCCUCUCAGCUCAGUGAUCAAGCAUGUGAAAGAUCUCGGCGCUGAGGCCGACGCAUACUGGCAAAGCACACUGGAUGGUCUGGUAGCAGUGCCGUUUCCUUCCCUGCCCUCUCCGGCGUACCAACCAUGUGCACGAAACCUGCUGGAGCAUCGGAUGUCCCGCAUCCAGUGGCCAAACAAUCAUAUAACGCCAGCGACGUCUCUUCGCGCGGCCUGGGCAAUUCUCACAGCCCAUUACACUCAGUGUGCCGAUGUUAUCUUUGGAUCUACCGUAACCGGACGACAGGCUCCAGUUCGUCGCGUGGAACUAGUUGAAGGCCCAACCAUCGCGACGGUUUUGGUCCGUGCCACUAUCCGCGAAAGGAUGAACGUCAUUGGCCUGUUGGAACAGAUGCAGGAGCAGUCCGUCGACAUGAUACCCUACGAGCAGCUUGGGUUGCAGCAAAUUCAGAGACUCAGUGCAGACGCCGAAAGAGCCUGUCAGUUCCAGACAUUACUAGUGGUACAGCCGGCACCAGACACGACGGAAACAGAUGAAUGGGCCUCACUAUUUAAUGAAGAGGGUGUCACUGAUCGUCAGCCUCCCCUCGGCAGCUUCAACUCGUAUUCCCUCCUGCUGCAAUGCCAGCUGGCGGCGACCGGUGUGUCACUUCAGAUGAGUUACGACUCAAAUGUCAUCCCUGAAACACAAGCGCAACGACUAGCCCUUCAAUUCGAACACAUGCUACGCCUUCUUUGCGAUGAAUCUCUGCAUCGACGCCCCGUUUACCACCUCGAAGUGAUCUGCGAGGAAGAUCUCAAGAGAGUCUGGUCCCUCAACUCCCCGGUCCCGUCUAAAGUGGACGUGUGCAUGCACGCUCUGAUCAUGGAGCAGGCCCAGCGGAAGCCCGCAUCUGAGGCUGUUGCCGCAUGGGAUGGAAAUCUGACAUACAGUGAACUAGACAAACUCUCCAACAAGCUAGCACAUGAUCUACUCAAGUUGGAAGUCGGUCCCAAUGUCAUGGUUGCGCUUUGCUUUGAAAAGUCUAUGUGGAUGCCCGUCGCAAUGCUUGGGGUCAUGAAAGCUGGUGGUGCAUCAGUGGCUCUUGAUAUCACACAACCAGAGGACCGUCUUCGGACAAUUUUGAAGGAAGUCCAGCCUCUCCUCCUUCUGAGCUCUGCGCAGGCAAACAAGAAGGCACAUCUCCUCACUGAUAAACCUGUUCAUGUCGUCUCCCGGCAUACCCUCGACGUCGGCUGGACCAAGACCAUCGAAAAUGGCCAGUUGCCUGCCGUUCACUCGACAGAUCGACUCUAUAUCAACUUUACGUCAGGUAGCACAGGGGUUCCAAAAGGUGCUAUCAUGUCUCACGGUAACCUGGCUAGUGCGGUUUACCACCAGCAAGCCACUCUCGGGUUCACCGAGUCUGCCAGGGUCUUCGAUUUUCCAUCGUACGCAUUCGAUGCCUGUUGGUUGAACUUCCUCCAUACAUUGGCAGUCGGUGCUUGUCUCUGCAUUCCCUCCGAUGAAGAGAGAAAGGGUGAUAUCGCAGAAUCUAUGCGUCGCAUGGCUGUGACCUAUGCAUUCCUCACCCCGUCCGCCGCACGUCUAGUUGAUCCAGGAUCUCUCCCUGACCUCAAGACCCUCGUUCUCGGCGGCGAAGCGUUGACACAGCAGGAGAUAACUCAGUGGGGAGGCCAUGUGAAACUCAAGAACAUCUAUGGUCCUGCCGAAUGUAGCAUUGUCUCCACUGUGUUUGAUGUUGACGACACUAAAUGUCACCCCGGAACAAUUGGAACAGGCCGAGGAUUGGCGACAUGGGUGGUUGAGCCAACGGAAAGCUGUCAGUUGUCGCCUUACGGAGCUGUGGGUGAGCUUUGGGUUGAAGGUCCUCUGGUAGGAUCAGGUUAUCUUGACCGUUCCGAUCUUACUGCGGCCAAUUUUAGCGAAUCUCCUCCCUGGCUACUGCGUGGCCAGCUCGGUGGGCCAGCGGGUCGAUCCGGCCGUCUCUACCGCACUGGUGACCUUGUGCGCUAUAAUCCAGACAGAACUCUGGUCUACGUCGGCCGUAAAGAUGCCCAGGUCAAGAUUCGUGGACAGCGUGUGGAGUUGGCUGAAGUCGAGUAUCACCUAAAACAAGCCUUGUCUCCGGUGGCCGUAGAUAUUUCUGUGGCUGCUGAGGUGGUCAGCCCACAAGGCAGUGCUAACCCAUUGUUGGCUGCCUAUCUCGCAAUCGGAGAUGCUGCGCUAAGUCCACUGGAGACCGUCAGAGCGCAGCUAAAUCACUACACCCAAGGCGCCAAGGAGCGCCUGGCAGACCGAGUACCAAGCUACAUGGUGCCCAGUCUCUUUCUUCCAGUGGUCAGCAUUCCGAUGACGGUAAUGGGCAAAAGGGAUCGACGACGGCUGCUUGAGACCUGGGCAUCUAAAUCCUUGGAAGAGUUGACGGACUUGCAACCAACUCGAGGCAACUACCAAGCACCCACGACCGACGUAGAAAGCCAAAUUUUGGGACUCUGGGCUGUGUGUCUGAAUAUUGCCCCUUCGAAAAUCAGCAUAAAUGACAACUUCUUCGCUCUUGGGGGUGACUCGAUAUCCGCGAUGCAGCUUUCCGCAAAGAGCCGAUCCAUCAAUCUCCAAAUUGCGGUUCCAGACAUCUUCCGGUGCAAGACUAUCGCUCGACUGGCACUUGCUGUCUCCCCCUCGGCGAACUUGCCUGUAGAUGAUAUGCAGGACGACCAGGGUGAGCCAUUUGCCCUUUCCCCGAUCCAGCAGAUGUUCGCCGACGCGCAGCAUGGGGUCCCCAAUCAUUUCAAUCAGAGCUUUUUUGUGCAGGUCCGUCAGCCAGUCACAAUUUCUCAAAUCAGCACCGCAGUGGAUGCCCUAGUGAUACAUCACGGCAUGUUGCGUGCUCGCUUCGACUGCACUGGAGAUAAUAUUUGGACCCAACGAAUCCUCCCCCCUGGAAGCCCGGGAAGCCAUCGCGUCAGUGAACAUGACGUUGCAGAUAAUGAGCGUAUUUCGGGUGUAAUCUCUCGGAGCCAAACGUCUUUGGACAUUCAGAAUGGACCAGUGAUGGCCGUCGACUUAAUCAAUACCACCGAGGGCCAAUCCCUGUUCUUGGUGGCUCACCAUAUGGUCGUGGACUUGGUCUCUUGGAGAGUUAUUCUGGCCGACCUGGAAGAUCACCUUACCACUGGAUCAAUCUCCGGCUUUCCCUCAUUAUCUUUCAAGACUUGGUGUCGCUUGCAGGCUGAUCAUGCGCAGAAGGAUUGUAAGGUGGAAGCUGCUCUCCCGGACGGGACUUUGCCUCUUCCGCCUACAGAGCUCGACUACUGGGGUCAGGCCCACACUGUAAACACUUUCGAAGAUGUGGCCACGGGCAAGAUUGUACUUCCACAGCAAGUGACAGAGACAUUGUUGGGCCCUGCAAAUGCAGCAUUCGACACACAGCCAGUGGAGCUCCUCCAUGCGUGUAUUUUGCAUUCCUUUGCGAAUACAUUCCAUGAUAGGUCACCCCCAACAGUAUUCAGCGAAGGUCAUGGCCGUGAGCCUUGGAGCUCUGCAAGCGAUGUCUCACGCACGGUCGGGUGGUUCACCACUAUGUUCCCAAUAGUGGCUACCGCCAAGCAGGGAGACACUAUCGCCAGAUUCGUUCAACAAGUCAAGGACACUCGACGCCAGACGCCAGGCAAUGGCCGGCCAUACUUUGCAUGUAGGUUUCUCAGUCCGACUGGCAAGCAGGUACUCCAAGUCAAUGGCCCUGUUGAAGUGAUAUUCAACUACUUCGGCCUGUAUCAGCAGUUAGAGCGAAAAGACUCUCUGUUCAACCUACGCAGCCUGCCCGAUGAGCUUGAUGAACUUUGUGACAUUUCUGGAAAGCUGCAUCGUUUUGCGCUGGUAGAAAUCUCGGCAUCGGUAAUGGAUGGAUGUCUGAACGUCGAUUUCCUCUAUAAUAAGCACAUGCAACACCAAGCCUCUAUCCGUAUGUGGGUCGAAGUAUGCAAAAGCACCCUCUUGAAGGCAGCACAAGAGCUUCCCCUAGCUCAGCCAAGCUACACCCGGUGCAGCUUCCCGCUGCUACACUUGAAAGACCCCGACCUGCCAAUUCUCCGACAAAGAUUGACGGAGCUGGGGCUUGAAUAUGGAGAAGUGGAGGAUAUAUACCCUUGCUCACCGCUGCAAGAAGGAAUCAUCCUCAGCCAGAUCAAGAACCCAUCACUUUACAGAACUCGAAUCCGCUGGAUGGCGAAACCUGCACAAGCAUCCUCAACACUCGAUACAAACCGACUCAGAUUUGCGUGGCAACGUCUGGUCGAUCGGCACGCAGCCCUUCGUACUGUUUUCGUUGAAAGCAUAUCGGGCAGGGGGUUGAAAGAUCAACUCGUGUUGAAGGACCUCCGGGCAAACCUACAUUUUGACCAGUCCACCGAAAAGGCCAGAAUCGAGGGCACACCAGCAUCAUUGGGGGAAGUCACUUCAAAAUUCUCUCUGUCGCCCCAAAUACCAGGCAUAUUGUGCGAGCUGUCCAUCAAUCAUGCGUGUAUCGACGCCCAUUCCAUUGGAAUUCUCAAGGAGGAGCUGUGCGCCGCAUAUGAUAACAUGCUACCUUCCUCUCUGGCACCUCUUUACAGUGACUAUAUUCAAUUCAUGCAGUGCUUGUCUCCUCCAUCCGCCGAGGCAUAUUGGCAGGACUAUCUUCAAGGGGUUGAGCCCUGCAUAUUCCCUCAGGUUGGCAGCCAAGUUGCGGAGAGACAGCGGGCGCAAAACAGCAUCUCAAGAACAUUUGACCAUGAGCUACACCUAGAACUGCGUGCCUACUGCAAGGAACAUGAGCUGACUACAUCCAACGUUUUCCAUGUUGCCUGGGCGCUUGCCCUACGGGUCUAUACUGGCUUGGACAACGUAUGCUUUGGAUAUCUCACAUCAGGUCGGAACAUUCCCCUUCAGGAAGCUCAAAAGACUGUUGGGCCCUUCAUCAAUAUGCUUGUCAGCCGCGUCGACUUGGCGGGCAGGCAAUCCCUUACGGAAUUGGUGCACAGAAACCAAGAAGAGUAUCUUCGAGGUCUCGAAUUUCAGCAUUACCCCCUAUCGAGAGUCUUUCACAUGGCAGAAACGCCCGAAAAGGAGCUUUUCAACAGCGCAAUAUCAGUUCAAGCGAGUGGAUCAGUUACCAAAGACAGCAAGUCGAGCGUGCUGAUUGUAGAAAAAGGAGGCGAUGAUCCAACCGAGUACGACAUCAUGAUGAACAUCGGGGUUGGUGAUGAAGGAACCGCGUUGGACUUCUCCUUCAACGAGUCAAUGAUGUCUGAACGCCAUGCACGGAGUGCCCUUGACGUGUUCCUAUGUGCAGUCAAAUACAUCGUGCAACACGGGACUGAGUCAGCUGCUGAAGCUCAUCUCAUCAGCGACCACGAUUCGCGGACCAUUUGGGAUUGGAACUCCUGCACUACCCAGCCUCAAGACCGCUGUGUACAUGAGCUCAUCAUGGAACAAGCAGAGAGGCAACCAGAGGCCGAGGCAAUCUGUGCGUGGGACGGCAGUUUCAAUUACAUGGAACUCAAUGCCCUGUCUACAAAUUUGGCACACAAGGUCCGAAGUUUCGGUGUUGGGCCCGGCAUCAACGUUCCUCUGUUCUUUGAAAAGUCCCGCUGGAUGUCCGUCGCUAGCUUGGCUGUAAUGAAGGCUGGUGGAACCAUGGUAAGCUUGGAUCCCGCUCUGCCAGAAGAGAGACUGCGCACCAUCGUUGAACAGGUCCAGCCACUGCUUAUACUUGCAUCAGAGGGCACUCACGUCAGAGCAUCGGCUCUUGCAAACUGCAACGUGAUUCGGGUCGAAGGCACAAGCCAGACUGGACAGGAAACUGCUGAUGAUACUGCUUUGCCCACGGUCGACCCUGCCAGUAGCCUGUAUCUGGUGUUUACUUCUGGGAGCUCGGGUCUGCCAAAGGGCGUGGCUAUCAGUCAUUCAAAUUUCAGCACAGGUAUUGCUCAACAAAGUCAUUUUUUGAGACUAACCGCCUCCGCGCGGGUGUUUGAGUAUGCUUCGUACGCAUUCGAUGUCUGCUGGGGAUCGAUUCUUGCUACCCUCGGAUCCGGUGGCUGCGUCUGCGUACCCGAGGAGUCAGAGCGCCGUGGAGAUGUGAGUGCAACAAUGCGUCGUCUGGGGGUGAACUACGCAAGUCUUACUCCGUCUGUCGCGCGUCUUCUGGACCCUUCCCACACGCCUUUACUCCAAACCCUCGUCUUAGCCGGAGAACCUGUAUCGCAUGCAGAUAUAAAGCAAUGGAGCCCGCAUGUCCAUCUCAUCAAUGCUUACGGGCCGGCAGAAACCACUGUAUGGGUGACAUUUGCAAGCCUUGAGUCAAGCACGUCCACCCCCUCCAUCGGAAAAGGCCGGGGUUGCAAUACAUGGAUCGUUGACCCAUGUCGACCCAGUCAAUUGAUGCCACUGGGAUGUGUGGGUGAGCUCUGGCUGGAGGGUCCACUUGUGGCGCGUGGUUAUUAUCGCGACCCAGAACGCACCGCGACUGCAUUCAUCAAUAACCCGAGAUGGUUGGUCGAGGGUUCAGGAGGUCCCCAUGGCUCCGGUCGUGAAGGACGGCUUUAUCGGACCGGCGACUUGGUUCAAUAUAUGUCAGACGGCUCACUGAUGUACAUUGGGAGAAAGGACAACCAAGUGAAGAUAAAUGGCCAGCGAGUGGAACUCGAGGAAGUUGAAAAGCAUGUCCAACAAGCUAUGCUGGCAGACGGAGCUGCAUUGCCCAUGGCCCCCGUGGUUGCUGCGAUCGUCAAUCCCAAAGGAAGUAGCAAACCAACACUGGCAGUCUACCUCGCCCUCGGGAAACCGGCAUCAGGGCCAGUCAAUGGAGUUCGCGCGGCUCUCAGUGCCUAUAUCAAGCUCAUAAACCAGUCGCUGGAAAGGCAUUUGCCGAUCUACAUGAGACCAAGCAUCUAUAUUCCCGUUGACGAGGUCCCCACGACUACUAGUGGCAAGGCCGACCGCAGAAAACUCCAAGCCUUAGCUGCCAGUCGGACGCUAGCUGAAUGGGCAAGCCUUCAGCGUGCUGAGGCUCAACAAUGCGCAGCAGCAUCUCCAGUAGAGCGAGAGUUGCAAAUACUGUUUGCCGAAGUAUUGAACAUCGACCGAAGUCUCUUGGGUGUGAACGAAAGUUUUUUCUCACUCGGGGGCGAUUCAAUCACCGCAAUGCAGUUAUCCGCCAAGUCCAAGUCAGGUGGUGUCUACAUCACGGUUGGCGAUAUCUUCAGGUACAAGACCGUCGUGCAGCUGGCAAAGCAUACGAGUUAUGUUUCUGCCGCCUCCACCCAGCUAAACGAUGCCACGGACAGCCUAUUUGAGCUGUCCCCAUUCCAACGCCUUCUCUUUGCCUCUCAGGAUGUGGGCAAGAACCUGUUUAGCCAGUCUUUUCUCGCCCGUAUAUCACGUGCUUUGGAUUUAAGCGAUCUCCAACUGGGAAUUGAGGCUUUGGCAAUGCGCCAUUCUAUGCUUCGAGCUCGGUUUGUGAAAGGAGCUGAUGGGCUCUGGCAGCAAAAGAUUCUGCCUGGCACAGCAGGCUGCUAUGUGGUCCGCACCCACCAAACUACUCAACUUGAAGACAUAGAACUUCUGCUCCAUCGCAGCCAGGAGUCCAUAGACAUUGUCGAAGGCCCCGUAUUGGCUGUGGAUUUGAUUGACACCAGCCAGGAUGGCCAGUAUGUCCUUUUGGUCGCGCACAAGUUGGCAGUGGACCUUGUGUCAUGGAAAAUCAUCCUCGGAGAUCUGGAAGAGUACAUGAUGUCGGGGAUAAUGAAUGGGUUGCCCCCAUUCCCAUUCCAAUCUUGGAUAAGUGAACAGGUGAACCAGGGCCCUGAACGUUCCUCUGCGCAGGUUGCACCCCCUCUCAAACCAAGCCACCCCAGCAAGACUACUGGGGCAUGGCCCUUGCGCACGGUAGAAACACCCUGGGAAAUUCCAGUCAGGCCAGCUUCACGCUUGAUAGAAGUAUGA